CUGGGGCAAUUAGGAGCAUGUUUAAUAAUUACUGACAGUGACCUCUGCUCUGUAGCUCCCCAACCCUCUUCUGGGCUGGCAAUCUUUACCUUCUGAACCUUACCGAUAGGGUUUAAGGAAAGUGGAGCUUGAAGGAUUUUAGUUCUCAAUCCAGAAGCCUUCCACAAACCAGCCUACCUCCUGUGGAUUCAAUUUUACUUUAGCACACAGAGAAAGCAGUUUAUCACCAUCAGGCAGGGGCCUCAGACAGACGGACAAUCCGACUGAGCAGCAAUGGCCAAGAAACGCAAGGGGCUGCAGAAUGGGGACGCAGACCAGAAAUCCAUUCAAAGCCAAGAAUCCAACUCCAUGAAUCUAAAGCAACAGGUUGGUCUAAUCAGUGGAAUAAGCCUUAUUGUUGGAACCAUAAUUGGAUCGGGCAUCUUCAUUUCCCCUAAAUCUGUCCUUUCCAACACAGGAGCAAUAGGACCGUGCCUGAUUAUUUGGGCAGUUUGUGGAGUUAUCGCUACAAUGGGUGCCUUGUGCUUUGCUGAGCUUGGCACAAUGAUAACAAAGUCUGGAGGAGAGUAUCCCUACCUCAUGGAAGCUUUUGGGCCAAUCCCAGCUUUCCUUUUCUCAUGGGCCAGCCUCAUUGUCAUGAAACCAUCCUCAUUUGCUAUAAUAUGCCUCAGCUUUGCAGAGUAUGUGUCAGCGGCGUUUUACCCUGGCUGUGACCCCCCAGUGGUUGUCGUUAAGUGUCUGGCUGCUGCUGCAAUCUUGACAAUCACACUGGUGAAUUCACUCAGCGUAAAGCUGGCAAGUUAUGUUCAGAAUUUCUUCACGGCGGCCAAGAUGAUUAUUGUUAUAAUCAUUAUUGUAAGUGGCAUCGUUCUGCUAGCACAAGGAAAAACCCAGAACUUUGAAAAUAGUUUUGAUGGUGCUAAAAUCACGGCUGGGGGUAUCAGUUUGGCUUUGUAUAAUGGCCUGUGGGCAUAUGAUGGAUGGAACCAGCUAAAUUAUAUCACCGAAGAGCUUAAAAAUCCAUACAGAAAUCUACCCCUAUCUAUAAUUAUUGGAAUUCCUCUUGUCAUUGUUUGCUACAUUUUGAUCAACAUUGCUUACUUCACUGUCUUGACACCGACAGAGCUUCUGCAGUCUCAAGCUGUAGCAGUGACAUUUGGGGAUCGAGUUCUGUACCCUGCAUCCUGGGUGGUUCCAUUGUUUGUAGCAUUUUCAACUAUUGGAGCAGCCAAUGGCACAUGUUUUACUUCUGGAAGACUUGCCUAUGUUGCCGGCCGCGAGGGUCACAUGUUGAAAUUCUUGUCCUAUAUCAGUGUCAAGCGUUUAACUCCAUCUCCUGCAAUUGUCUUCUACGGCAUUAUUGGGAUGAUUUACAUUAUUCCAGCUGACAUCGACACCCUCAUUAACUACUUCAGCUUUGCUGUUUGGCUGUUUUAUGGUUUAACCAUUGCUGCUCUUGUUGUUAUGAGAUUCACCAGGAAAGAACUGAAACGACCUAUUAAGGUUCCAAUAGUAAUCCCCAUUAUCAUGGUUUUAAUCUCGAUUUAUUUGGUGUUGGCGCCUAUCAUCGACGAGCCGGAAUUAGCUUACCUGUAUUGCGUGCUAUUUAUUUUAAGUGGUCUUAUAGUAUAUUUCCCGUUCGUGCAUUACAAAGUCAAAUGGGCACAAAAAAUAACAAGACCAAUAACUACAUUUGUCCAGAUGUUGAUGGAAGUGGUUCCGCCUGAAGAGAAAAAAGAAUAAGUGCGCUACCGACCAGAGCUAAUGAACGAAUGUAACCAUGGACUGCUGAAAACAAUUAUUUAAUUGCAUUCUGUGGGGCCCCAUUGCCCCUUUUUUUUGUACAUAUUGUAAAUGUUAUUACGUUCAUUCGCCUUAUGAGGUAAAUGAACUUACAAAUGUAUUUUUCAGGUAUUAAAACAUCUACGCAGCAGA